AUAACAAGUUCUUGCUGACACUUCACCUGCAUAAGGGCGCUCUAACGAAGACGAGGUAGAGAUAAUUUAUUUUUGUCAUAUAAAACUAUGUACUAGAGUCCAGUGUUUACCGAGACACAACCUAAGACUUCCAACCUUUUUAUAACAACUUUCUUUUUAUAAACAAAUUCGAUUUGAUUCACUGCAAAGACGUAGAUGAAAUCGUUAGUUGCUUUUAAUAUUUAAAUCUACCAAAUUUAAAACUGUAAGUAUGGAUAUAAAAAUUUAGUUAUCAUAAUAUGUUAUAAAAUACCAUUGCACUCGCUAACAUACGAAUUGCAUUAGUGAAUUAAAAAAAUAUUUGUCCGUCAAGUCGUCUAAAUUAUAGAUCCUUUCGAAUGCUUACAAAAGUGAGCGUAACCGUCGACGCACGCGCAGUCGGGUUACGGAUUUUUAACUGACGCACCAAAAAAACAGUUGUACAUCGCAAUGAUAACGUUUGGUUUAGUGGUAUUGUUUCUGUUGGGAGUGGAGAGCUUUCCCGAUGGAGCGCCGAUAGACGCUUGUGUCAAAGAUCGCGCAAACCAACCCAACCACGGGCAGCACAGGACGCAACCCAUGUCCACGCUACCCUACAGGGUUGUCGCCUCUUCAGCGCACUACACCCCAAACUCCCGUAUUACAGUAACAAUAGAGGGAGCGGAACCAUUUAAAGGCUUCUUUAUACAAGCACGUUCUGUGGAAAGCAACGAAUGGCUAGGGUCGUGGGAGCAGGCCCCCAACACCACUAUACAUCCGGAGUGCGCCGCCGUCACACACGCCGAUCCACGUGACAAGACUAGAGCCGUGCUCGCCUGGAAAGCGCCCUCUAACUCACAAGGAGGAGUUUACUUUACAGGUACUGUCUUGAAGAACUACGGCACUUUUUGGGCGAAUCUAAUUGCGCAAGCACCGCAGGAUCCAUUACAGCUACAAAUUCUUGGUUAAAAUUAUAUUAUUCGUAUUGUAAAUGAUAAAUAGGGAAAAAUCGAGAUAUCAAAUAAUAUUUUAACCCGUCUGAAUUUGAUUUUUAAGAUAAUUUAAGUUUGUACAAUUGUCACUGUAAAAUAGGAUAAGGUAAAAUAAAAUCAAUAAAUUAAGUAAAAAAGU